UUUCAUUAGACACAAUAUUUAACCCCAAAAGAACAAAAAACCUAUCAUCAUACAAAUACAAAGAAAAACAAAGCAAAAGAGAAAAUUUAAAAAGGGCAAAACCCUUAUCCUAAAUUACUCUCAAUCUUCACCAAUGGCCACAGUGAUUCCACGACAAGAUGAGCGAGCCGGAGCAGAGAUCGCAUACGGACAUGAAGAAUGCUACCGUAGAUCGGUGGAGCUUUUGAAGGAUCUUGGUUUCCCGAGCGGUGUAUUGCCAUUGCAAGAGCUUGAGGAGUGUGGGAUUGUGAGGGAGACUGGGUUCAUUUGGAUGAAGCAAAAGAAACCCUACGAGCACUUUUUCGAGAAGACGAACUCGCGUGUUGCGUAUGCGACUGAGGUGACGGCGUACGUCGAGAAGUUGAAGAUGAAGAAGAUGACGGGUGUGAAGAGUAGGCAGCUUCUUUUGUGGGUUCCAAUUGGGGAGAUGAGUAUUGAGGAUCCAAGUAAGAAGAAGAUUUGUUUUAAAACUAAUAUGGGGAUUGGAAAAUCGUUUCCUAUAACCGCGUUCAUGGUGGAUGAAGAGAAGAAAAUGUAUUUGGAGAAGCUUGAGGAAUGAGUGGUUUUUUUUUUUUUUUUAAUUUUUGUUUAUGAAUUGUUGGAUUUGAAUUUUCAAUAAUUUCUAAUUUAAGAUUGUAUUGGGAGUUAAUUAGUUUUAAUUAAUUUCAGUACACAAUGAUUAUUGAUUGGUGUUUUAUUAUGUUUAA